AUGGAUAUCAAGACAACCUUUGUGUUUUUUCUCAGCGCCUGCCUGUAUGCAUCUGCCACCAGGUCCCAGACUGGAGUAAAGAACGUUUCAGUGGACAAUGUCACCUUGUCCGACGGUAAAUUCGUAGUACAGCAGAUUUGUAGCUCGGCUGCUGCUGCCAAUGAAAUCACUUCCCUAAAGAAAGAAGUUAAGCAGUUGAAAGAGGUACUGCUUCAUCGAUUAGACGAGCUGUUAAGGCUACUUGGUAAGACAACAAUAACGUCCUUAGUAAUCAAUGAUUUACCUCUCUCAAUCCGUGAUUUGUGACAUUGUUUUGGGAAACCUGUAAGUAGUCUUCUACGCAUCCGUGUUUUGUGUCUUCAACGCUUAGGCGGCGCAAUUAAGUAGUGGAAACCAAGAAUGAAAAAAAAUUGGUUUAAUCGUCUCAACGCAGUUCCAGACUACAGGAUAGGAAAACGUCUUUAAUCUAGAGCUAGAUGAAUGUCUUUGAGAGAAAGAUAGUAUCUAAAGAUCAUUUCCUAUCAGUCAGGAGCACCCAACGGCAAUUUUCGGAAAAUAUCUGUUCGGAAGACGAUUUGAGAUCUAGAAUUUUCGGAACAUUUGUUGUAAAAUUUCUUGCUUGCCUGCCUCUCCUAGGAUUUUCGAACAUCUACAAAAUGGUAUAAUUAACCAUUUUUAAAGGAUUUUUACCCAUAAAAAGGCCACCUAGAAUUUUCGGGAGCCUUUUCCUGGCUGAAAUUUUCGAAAAGGUAAGUUUUGAUCCCUAUAAUUUUCGGAUCACUAGACUUUCAGCUAGGAAAUCAGAACAGAUGAAAAGUUUUUAGGGGAUAAAAAUAUGCCUAUAUCUACCGUUUAAAUACUAAAAUACGUUCAACAAUGCUGUGUUAAGUGGUUUUGAACUAUAUCCUUGUUGGGUGCCCCUGAUCAGUAACCUCUUUUGCAAAGUUCAUUGAACGGAUAAGAAUAAACAACGGACCAGUAUUAUGCAAUGAUUGGCUUUCCAGGAUGCUAAUUUGCCUUCACCUGAUUCACUAAGUAAUGUUCAACGUCAUUUUUUUCAGACCGUCCAUUCGAAACGAAUUCAAGCUACUCGUCAAAGAAAGUAAAUUUACCUUUACAAAGCAUGUUGCCAGUAACGAAUCACUACCGAAUACCCUUUAAGAAGAUCUACAUUCCUGCAUUCCAAAGUUAACACUGAGUAAUCAAGAUGUUUAUUGUAUCGAAUUUUGACUUUCGAAUCUUUUACCUCUCUUCAAUAUGAUUAUUUUGUAAAUGAAAAUAUGUACAGUUGAACCUCUAUCAAUCAGCUACCCUCUAUAGCUAUUGAGUGGCCGAUAGUCCAAGUCCCGAAAAAUUUGUAGUGAGAAAAGAAUUGGAAAUUUAAAAACCUUUAUCAAGCGGCCACCUCAAUUAGCGAAAGUUCUCUCAUUGUUUUCACCUCUGUUAAGAGGCCAUCAAGCGCUUGAUACAUUUAAUUUGGCUUUAUUUCAAAAAUAGAGUAGAGUAAAAUACAGUCGGAGAUAGAAGGUGACCGAUUGUGGACCAGUAAUGCUGCAUCAUUGUCGUCGUCGUCGUCCUCAUCAUCAUCAUCAUUAUCAGGGACCUUAAGCAAGGUUCGACAAAGACUGUACUGAAAACGUCGGUAAAGAAAUGAAUCUGUGUUCUUUCAAACUUAAUUCCAUCUAUUUGGGCCCGCUCAAUAUGUCAAAUGCAGGCGACUUUUCCUGGAGUUGAAUUCUUAAGGAUUUUUUUUUAUUCAGGUUCAAAAAGAGAAAACUUACCAAAAUUGUAGUUUGUAAAUUGUGAGAACUAAACGGUUUGCAGAAGGCUUCCUCAAGUCGUUGGCUACUUCCAAUUCCGAUAAACUAAGUGGAGGAGGUGGAAAUUUAGUGUCGAAAUUAAAUAUCGGGCGCUUUCCAUUUAGUCAAAAUUUCCGGAAUUUCCGGUUCGGUGGUAAAUGGAACACGUUUCGUCGGUUCGUCCCACUGGAAAAUUCCCAGAGAAAGUGGAAAAUCUAAAAAGGUGGUCCCGUUUCCCUGUUGGAAUUUCCGAACGGAAUGUCGUGUUCUAUUUACGUUUCUCGUAGUUUGUACCAGUUCCAGGUCCACUGUCGGGCACCGCUAUUUACCGGGGUUUACGACCAAAUGGAACAACUUUUUACCAAUUGGAAAUUCCACUUUUGCUACCACCGAAAUUUCCGGGUUUUUUUCCUAAAUGGAAAGCGCCCAUCCUAAAAUAUGCCCUACCCGUUUUAUGUCAAGGAUGUUUUUCACAGCAAAAGUAAACAAAUCCGUCUAGGCAGCUCUCUCUCGGUCGUGAUUCUGAAAAGCUAUUUUGUUUUAAUAACGAUCCUCUUUCGUAACAUGAUCCAGAGAAGCAAAGCAAAAAUAACCUGCCCGACUAGCAUACAGGGACCACCUCCCACUCAGCUUAAACUGACUAUUUUUUACGUUCUCUAAAAUUCCACUACGUUUGACUACCCUGUGUACGUUUCUCCUUCAUAUUUCACACCGGAUAUUCCGUUGGAACGGGGGAUCAACGAAUGGGGAAUGUAUAAAGCGUGAAUCUUUCAAAUGGGGAAUCUUUACAAAAACGAGGAAUCUUUAAAAUUGGGAAAAGCCUUUAAACUUUAAUCUUUAAAAGUGGAAAACCUCUCCAUCUUACAUGAAUUCAGUAAAGUUAAAAGCGGCCUUUUGUAAAGAAAUAUUUGAGAACCAAAUCUAGUGAAUAAAUCAAACAAAUUGUGGUAAUUUUAAAAAAUCUCCCUUUUAUCGCAGGCAAAGAUGAAUCCACAUCAGGCCAGUGGGACUUGUUUAAUGGUAGGUUGAUCCGCUGUACGUUAAGUACUGAAUCUAAGAACUAUUGAUUAAGGGUUCCAUACUGGAAGUGAAGUGCGGCCCAAUGUAGAAUGAUCAAGGGGUUGGAACGGUAGUAAAUAAUCGAUUGUAUCUCGGUUUAGGAUAUCAGAUGGUCUUCAAGGUCUUAGAUUUUAGUCUCGUCACGCAAAGCUAGGAGCAUUUCGUGACGAGACAAAAGAGAGACUAUGAUGUAUAAAAUACAAAAUGCACGAUUUUGAAGUUGAGUUAUAUUGUACUUUUUAAGCUUGUUAUUAACUUUAGCUUUAUCUUGAUGUGUGACUAUAAUUCAACUUGAACUACUUGCAAAAUAAGAUAUCACGUCUUUGCCACAUUCGACGCACGUAUAGAAAUGUAAAAUGUAAAAAUAAACAUGUUUUAAAAUCCACGAAAUAUAAUUCGCUCUUCAAGCCCGCGUCAGUCAAUAAUUUUUUAUUUCAUGUAAGAUGCACCAAAAUAGUCUGCGUUUUCGCCAGUGUCAUGUAAGCCAACAUGGUGUAUUCUAUUUCACGUGGUCACCUGCGACUACCGCGCGUGGAACGCGGGAAUAAUUCCAUUCGUUCUUAGAGUUCAUCAACGAGCCUUCCGGUACUUGAUCUAUCCUAACAUUCUCCGAUAUCUGCCUCAACAUGGCGUCGUUGGAGUAAGAACCGGUAACGUUCAUUUCAAAUUUCUGUAUUUCACUGUUGUGUUUCUCUUUACAGUGCUUCCAUAAAGAAGGCUGAUCUCUCUUUCUUUUUGGCCAGUAACUUCAUGUGUUCUUUUCCUCUAGUAUACGCGCUCCUUGAUGUUUCUCCGAUAUAAAUGUCAUUACACUCAGCACAUUUUAUGUUAUAAGUCUCGCUCUGUCUGUCACACGGUCCUUUUCUAUCUUCUCUACACACGGGGCAAUCCCCUCUUUCAGACGGAUCAGAUCUCUGAUAAAAUGAAAUGCAUACUCCAAAAUCAAUAAGGAUUGUUAUUGACAAAUACACAACAAAGCCAUAUUUUAAAAAAAACUUUCAGAAAGCAUCUUCGAUUUAGUGAAUUGUCAGUGAAUUGUACAUAUUCAUUUCUGUUGUAUUCAUUCUUUUACUUUUACUUCUUUUUCGGCGCCUCCUUGCUGCGUUCACCUCGUUAGAAAAAGUAGUGAACUACAACAGGAAGGUUGUCUGCUAAAAAUGAUUCUGCUGAGUUGAUUAUUUAGGGAGCUUUGAAACUAAUUGUCUUCUCGUAGCUGUGCUAAAUUGUCUCAUCGAUUGUGUUCUUGAUCCACAACGAUCAGCACAGCUAAUAACUGGCCGGGCUCAUGGACAGAAAGUGCUGCGAAACACAUGAAAGAACAAUGUCUUCCCCUCGAAUCCUCACUUAAACGUUCGCUGCCUUUCCAAAAUACUUAACUUUACAACUGACAUGACAAGCAAAUGAGUAACUUAAGCUUACAUGCUGCUUACACGAAAGCUUACGCUGAAAACCUGUCGGUAAAUCGUGCGUGGUAUACUCACAAAUUGGGUGCUACGCGGCGGGGACUGGGAACUGGUGAAACAGCGAAACAAACUUCCAAACUUCCAAACGAACUUCCCAACAAAUCGAGUUCUUAGACGCUUUCAAGACAAAAAUAGGUAGCAAGAGAAGGUAGCUACCGUGUGCGGGCCGUAAUAUCCUUAACAGCCCUACUGCCGGACCUCAUUAAACAGAUAUCCGAUUCUCAAACGAUAUAGCAAAUGCUUAUGAUUCGCUUCAUAAUUUCAUCGAUCGUAAAGCAUUUUACGAGGGUCUGAAUGGGGUUUAGUGUUUAGUGUUAUUUGCCCUUAAUUUUUAGUGUUUGCUGUUAAAUUGGCCAAUUUUUUUAAUGUUUACUGUUUCCGAAGAAAAUACUUUUCGUAAUAGUGUUUGGAGGGUUCUUCGGACAUCGUCGGCAAUGGUCGGACCUCUUCGUUAGACUUCGGAAAUCUUUGACACUGUUCGGGAAUCGUCGGUAGCCUCCUUGAUAUACUAAACAGAAUAAUAUUGGCCUUUUUAAAGCCGUUUUUGCUUCCUUCUGGAAAAAAUAUACUGUUUUAAAGAAUUUUUUACUGUUAGUGUUAAAAUGCCUAAAAUUUAAGUGUUUCGUGUUACAAAGCCAAUUGAAAAAUGAAGUGUUUAAUGUUAUCGAGGUAUACUCCCAUUCAGAUCCUCUUUUGCGAGCAGACGCAUCAACUCUUAUUAUUGUUCCACUAUUAUGUCCUUUUACCAUAUAAGGUCAAGAGAACAAGCAAAAUACGCCGCCGUAAUACACCGUAGUGUCUUGGUUUAACCGGUUUACAACGGGGCGAAUACCAGCGGAUGCAAAAGGAGCAACUGUGGCUGACAGAAUCAGGAUGUUUUGGAUACUCUCAUUAGAAAAUAGAAGCCAAAAUACCAUUUUUCUUUUGCAGUAAAAUAAUUAACCUCUCAUUCAAUGGUUUGGCAUAUAAUACGCGCGAACAUUUUGCUAAUUGUUAACGUCAUUCUCACAGACAGAAUUAGGAUGUCUCUGAAUACUCUUACCAAAAAAUAGAAGCCAAUUGUCAGAUCAUUUUUUUUGUAGUGGAAUAAAGAUAAUUUUUUUUUUGUAGUGGAAUAAUAAACCUCUUAUUCGUAUUUUUCCUCGCCCCUGCGGGGCUCGGAAAAAUACCACGCAACUCGCAAAAUAUCCGCACGUAUUAUAUGCUAAACCAUCCAAUAAGGUGUAUGUAUUUACUCUCGUGAGCUAAUUAUUGUUACAUGAUUUGCAUGAAUUACUACUAUAAAUACGAAAGAAAAGAACACACACCUUAUUAAGCACUUAUAAGAGCCCAGAAGUAACUGAUCAGAAGUGACUUAGGCCUAGGCCAACGUCGAACUACAAAAACUUGGUAAGUUAAGUUCAUGAAAAGUUCGACGUCUGGCUCAGUUACGUUCGUCUGAACGGGUUUGGAUCGUCCAACACGUUCUAUCCGCCUGCUUCAGACGGAUAGAAUUAACGUCUGAAGACAGGGGCACCCAACGAGGGAAUGUUUCCAAAUACGUUAGAAGUGUCUCAGAUGGUUUGCUCUAUGCUUUAGAAGACUGUUUGGUUAAUUUGGAGUUGCCCCAAAAACUUUUUAUCUGUUCGGAUGUUUUAGGGGAACUUUGGUCGUCACAAAAGUUUUACGUGGCUUUUUCGUCUCAUCCGAAAGUGUUCGCUACCCAUGAGUCUCGUCGAAAGUUUGAGGACGUGAAGUAGCCUUGCUUUCAUUAGAAAAUUAUAGGGAACGUUUUGUUUUUAUACCGAAAGUUUUAGGAGACCUUUUUAAAAUAAUAAUCGCAAUAUCUUGGUAUUAAAAUGUGAAUAACACAACCUCCGAAAAUCGUAGUUAAGCUAUCAGAAAACCUCCGAAUAUCUGAGACGAAUUGAAUGGUUAUCCAGACAUUUUUAGCUCGUCUCAAGCUUUAGAAAUUUCUAGGCAGCAUUUGCUCCUUCGAACCGUUAAGAAAGAAAAAGUCGCUGGGUGCCCCUGUGAAGAUCGUCUCCGGGACAAACUGAUGUCGAUCUUAACAUGCGACGAACUGAACUAAUGCAUUGAAAAUUUGUAUAAUAAUGUUUAUUUAGCCUCGUCUGGGAGAACGUCUAUUACCAAUCUGAUUCAGACGAUUAGUUCGAAGCGUCCUAAGUUCGACGUCUGACCCAACAAACGAUCUUAACUUAAUUUAGGUUGACCCAAAUUAGAGUUUGGUUCGUCUCAUGAAAAGUUCGACGUUUGGCCUGGGCUUCAGUCUUUUACAAUUGUUUGUAAUUUUUCAGUGUUAUUCUACGAUGAGGUGUGGUUUCUUAUCAUGCCUAUUUCUCUCUGAUCUUUGACUUGCUACAUAGUUUAAGAGACAUCAGUAACCCCUUUUUAAUAUUUCAUUCCUUUUAUCUUUUUUAAUUUAUUUUAUACUUGCGUUUCUUUUUUUGCGGGGUUUAAAGCCUUUAAGGUCACUCGACCCAGUUUUUUUGGGGGGUACCAUCCUACUUUGAAGCUCUCUGGUAUCCCCACCUUUACUCUUAUAGUAAGUAUAACACAUAGAAUGGAUAACAUAUAGAUCAAUCUACAAUAUAACAAAAUUUUUGGCGAUCGGAGUAAAUGUCACAUGGUUAUAAUGCCACGCCCCUUUGAGGUCUGAGUCGAAAAUCUGCUGUUGCCGGCAUUUUUUCGUGAAAAUCUCUCGGCUACACAUAGUGCGCAUUAGUGCCUUGCGCUGAAUAGAGUUUCACCAAAAUCGCAAAGACCCAAUUCGAGAAAUUCAGCGGUUUCCAAAUUUAGGUCAUAAUUUAUGCGAAAAUGAUAAGCAAACUUUACACGGAUUAUAUCUAAUAGACUAUGAGAUUCAUCUCUUUAUUUUGCGCAUCGUUACAACAGAUGGGUCCUUGCAAGUCAGCAAAACAAUUUAGGGCCUUGUAAAUGCGCGCGAUUUCGAGCAAAGCAAACAUAUAGAAAUUAUAGUUUUCGCUAUUUGUUGACGUUUGUCAGCGUUUAAGAGUCAAUCUCACGAAAAAAGCAUUUUCUUAAAAAUUCGUAGUUUUUUUUCCUUCAAAUUUUUUCAGGGCCACAAUUGAUUAACUAACUACCCGGACUCUGAAUUUCAUGGUCAUUGAAAAACUGUGACAUUACCUUCUAUAAGCCCAGACUUGAGUAAACAUUGAAGAUUUUUAGCGUUUUGGCUGAGUUUGUGCUUUGGGAGUUGUCUAUUGUUUCUAGUCUGUCAUGAUACAGCAUUCUUGUUCAGCACGCGUGCAAUGACCACGCUUGGCUGAACCUGGAAACCGCUGAAUUUCUCGAAUUGGGUCUUUGCGAUUUUGGUGAAACUCUGUUCAGCGCAAGGCACUAAUGCGCACUAUGUGUAGCCGAGAGAUUUUCACGAAAAAAUGCCGGCAACAGCAGAUUUUCGACUCAGACCUCAAACGGGCGUGGCAUUAUAACCCUGUGACAGUUACUCCGAUCGCCAAAAAUUUUAUGUUAUAUUGUAGAUUGAUCUACAUGUUAUCCAUUCUGUGUUACACUUACGAUAAAAGUAAAGGUGGGGAUACCAGAGAGCUUCAAAGUAGGAUGGUACCCUCCCAAAAAAACUGGGUCGAGUCUCCUUAACCACCGUCCGCUGAAACUGCGAGAUAAUUCUUUUCAGGUCUCCUUUCUUUCUGGCGGCUCAACGGUAUGGACGGUCAAGUCAGGUAAGAAAAUUAAUGAAAUAAUGAAUCAAACUGCGUAGUUUUUCCUUGUGUGUUCUGCUACAAACACAAUGCAACUCUUUGAGAUGGCAGUAAUCGGUGGACGUGCUGUUUUCUAAAUAUCCGACAGUAGUGGGUUCGGGACUACGUUUUUAUAUGAAAUUCAUCCUACGCAUGAUCACGAAAAAAACUCGCGUUAAUUUAAGUCACGUUAAAGUAAACGUUAAUUUCCGCGCCAUUAAUUUCAUUAUUUUGGCCCAAAAUUCUUGAUGCACUCAAGACAUUUUUAACACCUUAGGAAAGACAAGUAUUUUGUCGGGGUGGGGAUCCAACUGUGACGAACCCUCCAAGUGGCCAGAUUUCUUCGCUUGACUCCAUUCGUACGUUUAGGGAAAGUACCACAGAGAAAGUUUUCAUUUCGGAUUAUACGUUUAUGCCAUUUUACAGCUUAAAGGGAUCUGCAAGAUACGAGAAGCAAGAUGGAAGAAUAGCUCUGUAUUUAGACGGAAGUAGUGGGGCGUUCGCGGAGACUCCGUCUCUUCCCAUCCAUCGCACAAGCCUGACAAUCGCCGUAUGGAUCAAAAUGAAGAGCUCGGGUGCACAAUAUGCAGUUUAUGGCGACUGGUCUUCUCCUUGGUCAUUUCGAUUGUAUAUUGACCCGAGCGGUCACUUUUGUGCCGAUGCGAGAAAAACAAUUGCAAAAAAUAUUUUUGGGUUUUGUACAAGGUAGGUAUCUUCACAUUUUCUUAGUAUUUUUAUGAAUGUCGAUAGUCAUUCGUCCCAUUAAAGGGAAUCCAAGACAGUCUUGGAUUCUGGAUUCCACGUCGUGAAUUGCGGAUACCAGGUACUGGAUCCCAGUCUUUGUCAGUGAAACUUGGAUUCUGGGUUUCAUUCGUUACUGGGAUUCCGGAUUCUUUGAACUUUACUCCAGAUUCCAGAGCCCAGGAUUCCAGAUUUCUCAAGCAAAAUUUUCCCGGAUUCCGGAUUCCAAAAAGCAAACAUUUCUCGCAUUUCGGAAUCCGGAUCCCUUACACUAUGGGGCGAAGUCAUCUCAUUCAUCUGGAUGAAUAGCUUAUAAACAAGUGUAACUUUUGAUCUGAAGUAAAUUGAUGUCGACAAACCGUUGUUGAUUUUAAUUUAUUGGCUUCCCAUACUUAAUGAAUAUUUCAAACAAGUAUGGAUUUAGACGGCCAACGUAAACAACAGCACGUUAAAGACCUUGAAGUUUAGUUUCGAUAGAAGUGAUGUUUUGUUGAAAAAGUUCACCAUCUUGGAUACGCCAUUUUGAUUUAUUCAAAUCAUGUGACAAAUUCACUCAUAGUCAAAUAGAUCGAGAUGGAAAAUGAGCUAAAAACGUUUAUGCCACUCAACAAUCCCCACUCAUACAUUGCAGAGAUGCUGUUGUAGUUAACAAGUGGACUCACGUGGCAAUGACUUGGGGACGUACACAAGGUACCGUGAGGCUUUUCAUGAACGGAGAGAUGAAUGUCAGUAAGAACGUAACAAGCAACUCGAAGGACUUCAUGAAUUCAGGCCAUUCAGUGUUCGAUAUUGGCUUAAAGAGAGAUAGCAGAACCACAGCACAUGCCUACUUCAGUGACCUCAUGGUGUUUAGCCGCGAGCUGCGAUUUUCACCCAUUAAAAAUGUGAAUGAGAUAAAAGAAUAUCUUGUUCUUAAACACCCACUGUCAAAAGAUUCUGUGGGGACUGUGGGGGCCUCAUAGGUACAAGAAUUUUUUUAUUCUUGGGACUUUAAUCCCUUAUAAGCAUUUCACUGAAUUUAAUACGAGCAACAAUACUUGAUUCAAGAAAUAAUGGAUUAAUGAAUUAAUGAAUUAAACGUUUCUAUGGUUACUGCUCACGUGACUCUCUAGUAGCCAAUUAAAAAAUCACAAGAGAUCAUAAUAGGCUCUAGAAAAUCAAUAUACUUUGCAGAAAUUGAAUAGCUUGUCCGAUUUGAAUUAUCACAUUUUAUUUUUGUGACGUCACAACAGAUGAUAUCACAAAAUAGAUUUUUUGGUCAUGCGCAGCACUAAUCCAAACAAUGAAUAAUUUGCUACAAUGAUUUAAGAGAAAUACAAUAGUGAAAGUCUCAGCUCAUAAUAUUCUAUAGUUUAAGAGAUAUAGGCAACAUGCCAUGCAUAUUUCUAAAAAAAAAUUAGACAAUUUCUUGGCCGAUUUACUGUCAAACUGAGAAAACUGUGAACACCUAACAAAUUUCAGGAAUGUUGAUUGUGUACUGGCCAAUCACAAUAAAGUUCAGGACACGCGAGCAAACCUCAAAACCACAAACUAGUUACCGUUGCUGGUUGCGGUUUAGUUAUCUCGAGCCUUAUUAGCUUAUUUCUCGCAACACAAUAACAUGCCAUAAAUAUUUAUGGCGUUCCGGGUUUUGUGAGUUUCACAGUAAAGCACUUAUUUCCUCAGCGUGUAUAUUAAGUAACUUUUAAGCUUAGCGGACUCCAUCGUAUCAAUAAA